AUGGAGCCGAGUACGGCUACAACAGGGAACCACGCGCUGGCCCUGCGCGUGAUGCGGCUCACCAAACCAGCCAUUAUCCCCUCCUGGCCCCUCCAAGCUGACAAGGAUGACUACUGUGGAGAAGAGCUGGUUACACACCGUGACAAGGACAUUACCGUCAUACCCAACCUGGUUACGUACCCCUACGGAGAGGUCCUCACUGUACCUCAGAACCUUGGCAGCAUCUACCUCGGUGAGACGUUCGCUUCGUUUGUAAACGUACAGAAUGAUAGUCAGCAGACUGUACGGGAUGUAGUGCUGAAGACAGAUCUGCAGACUUCCUCUCAGAGGAUGCCCCUCAGUAACCCCACAGGACAAGCCAUGGUGUCGAAACUAGUCCCCGGGGAUAAUAUCAGUGAGGUGAUUACCCACGAGGUUAAAGAGUUAGGUGGACAGCUGCUGGUCUGUACUGUCAGUUACAUAAAUACCUCCGGGGAGAAGCAGAUGUUUAGGAAAUAUUACAAAUUCCAGGUCCUGAAACCUCUGGAUGUCAGGACCAAGUUCUUUACAACCUCAGAUGAGGAGAUAUUCCUGGAAGCCCAGAUAACAAACACGACCCCUCACCCGCUACACAUGCAGAAAGUAGUGCUGGCUCCCUCUCCUCUCUACACGGUAUCUGAUCUCAACUUCCUCGGCACGGGAGACUCUAUAUUCGCUGACAGUGACUACAUUAAUCCUGAUGAUACCUGGCAGUAUCUUUACAAACUCUCCCCUAAAAUGACUGCUGAUGAGAACUCCAUGUUAAAGGGGGUAUCUUCGGUUGGUAAGUUAGAUAUCAUGUGGCUCAGCAACUUUGGAGAGAGGGGCCGGCUCCAAUCAUCCCAAUUACAACGGCUAAUCCAACAACAGGGCGAGCUAGUCGUCACAGUGCAAUCCCUCCCUCACUUUAUCGCUGGAGACGAACAAUUCCAACUGGUGCUCCGUCUCCGGAACACUUCAGACCGGAAAUACAACCUGCACAUCACCCUGAAUCAGAUCAAUAACUCAGGGUUGAUCUGGGUGGGUGAUAUUAGGAAGGUGGUGGGGGAGGUGCUGCCUUGUUCUCACAUGGACGUGCAGCUUGAUAUAUUGCCUAUCAAGUCGGGGGUGUGGGAUGUUGGGGAGAUCACUAUUGAGAAUGUUCUGACCAAUAAGCGGUUUAGUUAUCCUUCUAUAGGACAGAUUCUUGUUGGACUCAAGUAG